AUGUCAUCUGAAGCUGAAACAAAUAACUCCUCUGCUGGAAAGCAGGACGAGGAAUGUAAAGACGAGAAAGUAAAAGAUGAAGUAUCCAAGGAAGCCACGGGUACUGACAAAUCAGAUGAUAAGACACUGACAGAAAAAGAAGAAACAGGAAUUGACGCAAAAACGGAAGCUGGUGAUGUCAAGGAAGUAAAGCAAGAAGAUUCAAAGGACGAAAGCCAAGUAAACAGCAAAGAAGGAGUAGAGGAAAAAACAGACGAGGCAAGCAAAGAAAAUCAGGGUGAAGAGAAAGAAAAUGAAAAUACUGAGGAGGAAGUGAAGAAAGAUGAAGAAGAAAAAGAAAAAUCGGAGAAGGAGGAGGAGAAAUCCCCUAAAGAGAACCAGGAAGGAAGUGACGAGACGGACAAGAAGAGUACUUCACCUGACCAAUCAGCCGUCCCCACCAAAACGGAACCAGAGCCAUUAACAGAGGAUGGUGAAAAAGAUGAACAACCAACAGAAACAACCAAAGAUGUUGUGGAGGAGCCAAUAGAGAACCAGGUUAAUGAGGAGUCACUGGAGGACCAGAUUAAGGACAUCCUAGAGGCCACUGAAGACACACAAACAGAGGAAAAAUUAGAACCUAAAAGUCCAACAAAGGAGGAUAAGGAAUUACAGCCGGAUUCUCCCGAGGAGGAUAAAACUAAAUCUGAAGAAACCGAUGAUGUAAAGGAUACUGAAGGAGUGACUGAAACUGAAAACCAAGACAAUUCAAAUAGUGCUGAAGAAAACUCUGAAACAAAAGAGGCCGAAAAUCCAACUGAAAGUGAAAACACUCCAGAGAGCAAUAUAGAAAAUACUGAAAAACUGAACUCUUCUGGAAUGGAAGGUGAGAAAGAAGCAGUUGCUGUUGCCACAGAAGGUGAGCAGGCUGUGGCUGAAGUAAAGGAGGAGAAAAGUGAGGAAAAGAAAGAGGAGAAAGGGGGGACUGAUGAGGUAAGGGAGGAGACAAAAACAUCAGAAGAAACAAACCUAGAGGAAGAAAAUAAGCAAAAGGAGGAGAAAGAAAGAAAGAAAACAGAAGAAGAGGAGGAGAAGAAGAGAAAGGAAGAAGAGGAGGAAAGGAAACAGAAGGAAGCUGAGGAAGAAGAGAGGAAGAAACUGGAGGAAGAACAAAAAUUAAAGGAAGAAGAAGAAAGAAAGAAAGAGGAAGGAGAGAAGAAGAAAAUGGAGGAAGAACAAAGAUUAAAAGAAGAAGAAGAGAGGAAGCAGAAAGAGGAGGAGGAGAGGAGGCAGAGAGAGGCUGAGGAAGAGGAAAGAAAGAAAAAGGAAUUAGAGGAGAAGCUAGAGUCUACACUGGCCAAUCAGAAUGCAGAUAAAGAAACCAUGAAAUCCUUGAUAGAGGAGAAUGUUAGACUAAAGGGAGACAUGGAAAAAAUGAAAGAAGAUUAUGAGAAAAUCAAGGAUAAAGAAGCCAAAAUAUCACAAGUGGAGAAAGAAAACCAGGAAAAAACAGACCAGAUCAAGAAACUGGAGGCUGACUUGGAAAAACUUAAGGCUCAGGCAUCCAAUGGAACAGGAGGGGAAGCCUCGGCUCAGAGGAUAUCUGACUUAGAGAAGAAGCUCAUCCGCCUGGCAAAAGAGGAUGAGGAUAAAGAUAAACAGAUCACAUCCCUCAACAAAGAGCUACAGCAAACCAAAACAGAGCUACAGAAGAGAGAGGCACGGGCACCAGGUGAAGGAGGGAACCAGCCAUCUAAGUCAUGCAUCAUUCUGUAGACUUUAACAUAAAUUUAAUAUGCAUCAGAGGUGCUCAGGAGUAAAUUGUAUUCCUAU